AUGAAUGCUGGUACAGGCAGGGCAGGCGUCAUAAGCGCUGGUGACGAUGCUUCGCCUAUGGAUAAGCUGGCACAUGCUGUAUUAGACGAUGUGCUUUACAACGUUCUGAGCGAUCUCUUGAUGAAGACGCAUCGCGAAGAGAAGACUGCCAGAGCUACUACCGCUGCGAUUCGAAUCGAGAAACUGGCUUCCGACGCGUCUGAUGCCAACACACUCGAUAGUAAACCUGAUGUGCGGAUAGAGACGGACGCUGCCAUCUAUGAAGACGGAAAAGUGUUACUCAAGGGCAAUCCACUCAAGACCACCGCCGAGAUCCUCUGCCCCCGAUGCCAUUUGCCUCGACUCCUCUAUCCCACUGACGGAAAAGGCGCCAAGAAGCCCGAUCCCAGCAUAAUCUAUUGCAAAAAACAUCCCUAUAUCGACAAGCCUGGAUGCGACAUCUAUGGGCAGAGUUGGGUUGGUCCGGGCCCUGGCCGAGGCAAGAAGAAGAAGGACAUGGAGAAGAACAACACCGACUCUCCCACGCCCGAACAGCGACCGCCCAACGUGCUCUCCUUCCCCUCCGCCACUUGCAGCAAGUGCAAGCGUUGUAUUCUCGUUACUCGACUCAAUAACCACAUGGGCUCGUGCAUUGGCAAUAGUGGGCGCAAUGCCAGUAGAGCCGCGGCGCAGAAGUUGAGCAACGGCGGAUCGCAGAACGACCCUACGCCUCCAUCAUCGCAAAAGGCGACUCCCGCACCGGGUUCUCGCGCCACCAGCCCAAGGAAGCGCGACGCCAGCGAUGAUGAUGAGGAUUCCGAGAAUAGCCACAAGAAGAAAAAGAUCAAGCCUACGUCCUCGGUCACAAAAAAGGUAAUUUUGAAGACAAAGCCGAGCUUUAAGAAAGACAAACCCAAGGGCCUUUCGUCAUUAAGUCAAGAGCAAAAAGCCGACUACACUAAUGGCGACUCGGUUGAAGUGGCCCCUAAAAAGGCCGUGUCUAAGGGAAUCAGUCCUGUCAAGAAGCUCAAGAUGAAUAAACCUCAGCUGGGCUCACCCAAGCCAAAAUCCAAUCUCAUCAGGGAAGCUACAGGGGAGUCAGAAUCGUCCGACACUCUUUCAUCUCCACCCCAGUAA